AUGGUUCCGAAUUGCCGAUGGUACCUUGCAGCGACACGCACAGCACGCACCAUGUUUGUUCCAUACCCUAUCAUGCUGUUGCUGCUUUACACCCUAUUCUGCAUCCUAACUGUUCAUUGCUUUGGCUCUUGUGUCAUUGAAUCCAGUGGUGAAAAAGAGUCCCUUAACCUCAGCGGUAUCAAUGAGAGCAUGACCAACAGCAGACAUAUCCGGUCUGUGAGCAACCUGCCGCAGCCCCGUGACUGCACGCUGUCUGCAUGGUCCUCAUGGAGCCAGUGUGACCCCUGCCAAAAGAAAAGGUACAGAUUUGCUCGCCUGGAACAACCUUCUCAGUUCAAUGGAGAUCCCUGUGAUUACCCUGAUAAAGAAACUGAAGACUGUGUUACAAAUAAUCCUUGCAGGAAUAAAGUCAGAUGUGAUGGUUUUGUGUGUGCAGUUACAGAGAGAUGCAUUCCACGGAGACUGCUUUGCAAUGGGGAUGAUGACUGUGGGGACCAGUCAGAUGAAAAGAACUGCAAAAAAGUGUUUAAGAAAUGUGACCGGAAGAUGGAGCAAUACUGGGGAAUAGAGAAUCUGGCAAAAGGGUUAAAUAUCUUCACAAACAACUUGGAAGGAUUAGUUCUUGAUCACAGGUACUAUGCUGGGGGAUGUUCUCCCCAUUAUAUCAUGGACACUAGAUUCAGAAAGCCGUACAAUGUAGAAAGCUACACACCAGAGACCAAAGGCAAAUAUGAAUUUACAAUGACUGAAUACGACUCCUACUCAGAUUAUGAAAGCAGUGUCCUGAAGGCAAAAGCUUCGCAGUCUAGCUUCAGCUUUGGUAUAAAAAUACCACGAGUGUUUGAACUUGGUUACAAUUCAAAUGACAACAGGUUCAAGAAGUUCAUUCAAAGGAUGAAAAGGUUUUCUUCAACUUCCAGCAAAUUCAUUCAUGCCCGUUCUGAGCUGGCUGUUGCUGCUUAUAAGCUGAAGCCCCGAGCCCUGAUGCUGCAUUAUGAGUUCCUGCAGAGACUCCAUCAGCUCCCAUCGGAGUACAGCUAUGGGGAGUACCGAGAGCUUUACAGAGAUUAUGGCACCCAUUACAUCACGGAGGCUACUGUUGGUGGCAUCUAUGAAUAUACUUUAGUCAUGAACAGCAGUGAGCUCCAAAAGGCAGGUUUUUCUCUGAGUGACGUCCAGAAAUGUGCACAGCGUGGCUUUAAUAUUGGUGCAAAUAUUUACAGCAUCUAUCUGAGUCUUGGAAUAACUGAUGCCGGCUGUAAAUCCCUUCUGAAAGAGAUUGGAGACAGCACCUCCAAAAAACUGUAUGUGGAAGACUUCAUCGUCCUUGUUCGUGGUGGAGCAAGUGAACACAUUACCACAUUGGCUUACAAAGACCUGCCGACAGCUGCGCUCAUGCAGGAGUGGGGAGAUGCUGUACAGUACAACCCUGAAAUCAUAAAGCUAAAGGCAGAGCCACUGUAUCAGCUGGUGACUCCAACUGACUUGGCCAAUGCAAUCACAAUAAAAGAAAACCUGCAACGGGCUCUUGAUGAGUUUCAGAUGGAGACAAGUUCUUGUCGCUGUGCUCCCUGCCACAGCAAUGGCAUCGCCUUUCUGCAAGGAACCAAGUGUGAAUGCUUGUGUCCCCUUGGCUACAGUGGCACUGCCUGUGAGAUCAAUGAGAGGAAAGAUGCAGCCAUUAAUGGAAACUGGGGUUGCUGGGCCAGCUGGUCUCCAUGUUCAGGAGGUCAACGAACAAGGAAACGACAGUGCAACAACCCUGCCCCACAGAAUGGUGGUUCAUCAUGCUCAGGGCCUGAUGCUGAGACAGUUACUUGCUAG